AGGGAUGCAGCCUCAGUGGAGGAGGAGGAAGAGGAGGAGGAGGGAGGUGAAACCAGUGACUUGUACUUGGCUUCUUGUGACAUGGAGUGAGGAGGGCAGGGCAGGACCCAAGUGGGAGGCAGAUCCUAGGCCUGGUGGAAAGGAGGAGGAGGAGGAAGGAUGUAAGGUAGCAGACAGUGGGAGGGUAAAGAAUGGCAUAUGAAUCUGAGAAAGGAUCAUACAAGUUUUAGUGCCAGAAUUGGUGAUGGGGCGUUGUGGAUGGGUAAACAGAGGCACAUUGUUGGACCCUGGUCAGUGGCCAUUUCCCAUGUUCUAUGGUUGUGACAUGCUACCUUCCUGGGUGGGUGAAGAGGCUGGACCCCAGGCAGACGAGCAUGCUGAGUGCCACCUGCUCCAUGCUUCCACUCGUCCUGUGUUGCCUGCCUGCAUCUCAGCUUCCCGGAAGGCCCCAGGAGGGACGCGGCCUUCAGGGCUUUCAGCUGGGGGCAGGAAGUGCUCCAUCGGACACCAUUCAGAACAGACUAGACAAAUAACUCCACAGCAUGUCUCAUUAGGCCAGGAACGCUCCAGCUAAUCGAGGUGUGCCUUUGUCGUGCGCUGCUCAUGCCAGGGGAGUUAAAAAAGGAAAUACGCCCGAUCCCAAGGGUGUGGGCAGGGCAGAGAUAAUAAACCCAAAUACAAAGUCAGGCCACCCAGGAAUGAGGUGGUAUGCUCUAUCGGGGCUGGAUUCCCCCAGCUCCAGAUCAUCUGGCCAAAUCUGCACCCUCCUCCCGGGCCUCCCUUUUGCUGGGGGUGGUUUGGGCAGAGGUGAGUGGGCAUGCUUUCUGGUAAAAGGAUCCGAUUUUAAUGUAAGAGGCUUGCUUGUGUGUUUUCCCAGCUAGUUCACUUCUAUGACUUUAUUUAUUUAUUUUUUUUGAGACAGAAUUUUGCUCUUGGCACCCAAGCUGGAGUGCAGUGGUGCAAUCUCGGUUCACUGUAACCUCCACCUCAUGGGUUCAGGCAAUUCUUCUGCCUCAGCCUCCCGAGUAGCUGGGAUUACAGGUGUCCGCCACCACACCCAGCUUAUUUUUUUGUGUUUUCAGUAGAGACGGGGUUUUGCCACGUUGGCCAGGCUGGUCUCGAACUCCUGACCUCAGGUCAUCCACCCGCCUCGGCCUCCCAAAGUGCUGGGAUUACAGGCAUGAGCCACUGCGCCUGGCCAUGGCUCUUUUCCAUGGUCCAAAUUCACUCAGUUUCUGGCUCUUCCUGCCAGUGUGCUCCAUAAGACCAGCUCCCAGGGAGCCCUACACUUAGCGUUUGGUCUGUAAAUUCCAUGGGACUUGCUUCAUAGCUGUAGAAACUCAGGUUCAAGGGCGUAAAGGAUGUGUCCACAGCUAGUGUGUCGCUGGUGGGGUGGCGGUGUUGGUGGUGAUGAUGGGGAUGGCGAUGAUGAUACUGGUGAUGACGAUGGAUAGCAGCUGCUGUGUACUUUCUUAUGAGCUGUGUUAAAUUCUUUAAUGGCAAAGAUCAUGCUAGUAGUAAUAAUAAUAAUAAUAAUAAUAAUAAUAAUAAUAACGGAUAGCAUUUACUGCUUGUCUGCUCUGUGCCAUGGAAGGUUCUCAGCACUUCUGGUACACUCAACCUGAGAAUGACUCUGUGAAGUGGAUGCUGGCGUGCCCAUUUCACAGUGCAAACAAUGAAGGCAGUGUCACGUCAGAGUCUGCAUUCUUACUGCUAAGCCACGCCGCCACAUGGCAGUCAAGACAGCGUGCUGUGUGUGGAGUGACCAGCCUCUGUGGGUGGGCGAGUGACUGGCUGAAAGGUUGACGUCAGAGCAUGCUCUAUUUUAGGUUCUUCAACUCGAAGGAACCCCUCCAUCACUCCCACCUCCUGCCACCCUAGUUCCUCAUUCCUUUCUCCAAUAUUGUUUUCUUUUCUUUUUUUUUUUUUUUUUUGCUGAUUUAGAAAUAGACUUGACUUCCUGGUGCUGAGACUGUUUAGAUCAAUUAACACUAAUGACCAUUGCUAGUUAGCUAUGGACUUUAGUUCUUCAAGGCUCUGACCUUAAAUUUUUUUUCUGAAGGUCAUCAAUUAACUAUUUACUUCAUUAUGGAUUAGUAAUCAUUAGUUAAAUAUUGCCAUUUGUUCUGUAGGUCACCGGUGUGGUUCAUGCAGUGAAAAAAUCAAGUGUUUCAGUGAAAAGUUGCAGAGAGAAAGAAGAAAGAGAAUGAGGGAAGACAGAGGAGUGUGUGUGUGUGUGUGUGUGUGUGUGUGUGUGUGUGUGUGUGCAUGCUUAUGUGCCCACAGGGGAAGGAGGUUGGUAGUAGUGGUGUUUAGAUUAGCCUUAAAAUAAGAAGCUUUAAAUUAAGGGCAAAGGUCUGGUACCAGAUGCUCCAGAGCCAUCUGUUAUUUACCUGAACAGAUUUUGAUACCUCUCUUCUGUCCUCUAAUAGCAUCUCUGUUCUGACUUUAGUCCUGGUACUUACCUGGAUAUAUGGUAAUUUGGCCAUUUCCAUGUCCUUCCAGAUGGAGCACCUGCCAGGCUGAGUCUGUGUCUUUUGUAUCCCCCUUACCUGACAUAGUGCUGGCACACAAUAUGUGCUCAUUAAAUGCUUACUGAAAUGACCUAGCACAUAAAAGCUUUGUAAGACAGGAGCUUUAUUUUACGCUGCCUGCUUUGUACUCUAGACACCCCAGGUAUUCCUAUUCUGAUUUCUGUUGCUGCUAUAGACCUGGGUCAGCCUUAAAAUGAAUAUAAAUAUACAUUAAUUUGAGCUAAUGGGAUGUAUGGAAACCACUGCCUAUCUAAUUAAUUUAUUUGUGCCAUGAAAUAAAUGUUUUAAGGUGCUCCUGAGUGCAGAGCAUUCUAUUAGCAGGUGGAAUACAAAGUUUUAAAAGAGGCUAGGGAUGUGGGCUGUGUCACCAGACCUUCUGAGUUCAAUUCUAGAUCAGACACUGUUCUGGUUAUAGUGGGUCAGAGCACAGAUUCUGGAUCUGGGUUUGAAUCCACAUUCGACCACAUACAAGCCUUGUGCCCUUAUGCAAAUGAUUUAAUCUCUGUAUGCCUCAGUUUUCCCUCCUUUAAAAUGGGACAGGCCGGGCACGGUGGCUCAUGCCUGUAAUCCUAGCACUUUGAGAGGCCAAGGUGAACGGAUCACCUGAGGUCAGGAGUUCAAGACAGCCUGGUCAACAUGGGGAAACCCUGUCUGUACUAAAAAUACAAAAAUUUACCAAGCGUGGUGGUACACACCUGUAAUCCCAGCUACUCAGGAGGUUGAGGCAAGAGAAUCGCUGGAACCCAGGAGGCAGAGGUUGCAGUGAGCCGAGAUUGCGCUACUGUACUCCAGCCUGGGCAACAGAGCGAGACGGUCUCAAACAACAACAACAGCAACAACAACAACACAGACAGUCAUGGGGAUGUUGUGGGGUUAGGGUUGUUGUGGGAAUAAAAUGAGUUUGUCUGUAAAGCACUUGGUACCAUGUUGAUACCUGUCACUGGUAUUUGUUGUUAAUGAAGAUUUAGUGACUUCAUGUGUAAAACCCAACUGUGUCAGUACUUGUCUUCAUAGAAUUGUGGUGAGGACUGUAUCAGUUUCCGAAGGCUGCCAUAACAAACUGGAUGGCUCAAAACAACAGAAAUGAGACAAUAAUGUCUCUCGAUUCCAGAGACCAGUUUUGUGUUGGCAGGGCCAUGCUCUCUGAAACUGUGUCCUUCCUGGCCUCUGCCUAGCUUCUCUUUGGCCCUCUGGCUGGUAGAUGCGUCCCUCUAAGCCCCUGUCAUCACUGGAGCUCUUUCUGUGUGUCUCAUCACAUGGCCAUCAUCUUAUAAAGACACCAGUCAGACUGGGUUAAGGGCCCACCCUUCUCCACUAUGACCUCAUCUUAACUGAAUUAUAUCUGCAAUGAACUUGUUUCCAAAUAAGGUCACAUUCUGAGUGGAGUUAGGACUUCAACACAUCUUUCUGGGGGAUACACAAUUCAACUCAUAACUAGGGUGAAAUGCGAGACUCCACAUGAAGUAUUGAACCCAGAACCUCUAACAAAACAGUGCCUUCAGCAUCAGCGGUGUCUGUUUUUGCUUCCCCGUCCUCCUGAUGACGGCCCUUUGUGGGGUGGCUUUGGGCAGUUCUCUGAACAUCUUUGAAUUUCUGUUUCCCAUCUUUUCACUGUGAUGUGGCUCGUCUUCCAGCAACACUGAAUUAUGUAGUUUUCCUGGUCUGCAUUGCCUCAUCUCUGAAAUGGGGAGAAAGGAGAACCACCUCCCAGAAGGGACCCCCUUCCCAGGAUGACAUGAGGGUACACACGUAUGUGCCGGUGGUCUGGACAUGCGAGUGCUUCCCACGGUUGCUACCCCUCCUUUUCUGCCUGGUGUUUUCUCAUCCAGUGAGGACAAAUGGCUUUUGUAGUUCCCCUGCAAACCACUGCACAGACCCGAGGAGGCUCCUCUUUUCCUUCCCAUGGAGGUGGGAAGCUCAGAGGCGCAUCCAGAUGUGAGGAGGCUUCGAUUUUUCAGACCCCUGGGUUGCUUUGCAGUCAGAAUGGAGAAUACUUUUUUUUUUUUCCACUUGGGAGGGAGCUGAACACAUUUGCUACAGAGAAGUCUAGAUAUCUAUGGAAACAGUCCUAAUUUUAGCCUUGCCACACUUAAUGCCAACUCUGAGAGUGUUGUUUUGGGUCAGGGCCUGGGGAGUAGGGAAGGUGAGUAGGCCUGCAGGGGUCAGAUCAAGCAGGGAGUAGCCAACCGACAGACAAGAGGAGGAUGCAGUAGAAAUCUUAAGUGGAUCCAAAGGAGCUGGCUCCAAGGGUAAGAGAGGGCCAGAAUGAUGAGCAUUGAUCAGAAAGUUGGAUUUCAAAUGAAAGGGUCUCCCUUCUUUCCCCCUUUUGCUCUCCCUGUCUACAUUCUGCUCAUUUUUGGAACCUCGUUCAUGGCCCUUCUUUCCACAUCCCCACGUUCGGAAUCAGCCAGUCCUGCCCUGAGUGCCUGGCAUCUUGGAAUUCUGUUGAAGUACUAGUGGCUGCCCAUUUAGUUUUGCCGUGAAUCCGUGUACCUUGCAACCCCCUUUCCAUUUAGUUUUGAGCCCCUCAAGGUCAGCCAUGGUCAUUGUCAAGUCUGUGUGCUGUGCCUGCCAUGGGGUAGACAUACAGUAAAUGCAUGAUGAGUUGGGAUUUGACAUGAUAGGUGAUUUCUGGUUGACCAGAGCAGGGCGUGGGCAAUCACUAGAAAGGGACAUCAAAUGAAGGAGUUUUUAAUAAGAGGCACAGAAACGUUUUUGAUGGGAGGAAUCUGCCUGGUUAGGGGAGUGGAAAUUGCCUGUAAUUCAAUUAAGGACAUGUUAGGGAGGGCCAUGGGCAAGAGGAGGUCAUGGUGUGGCAGAUGCUGGCUGGGAUGGUGAGGGAAGUGAGGGACAGUAAUCGUUUUAGGCCACGUGGGGAGCAUCACCUAACCUCAUUUCAGCCCUGUCCUCCCCACCAGGUGAACUCCUAGCAGGAAUCCUUGUAGAUCAGAUACAGGAAGACCCUUAGACAUCAUCUCGUCUCGAAGUGUGGUAUUCAAGACAGGCAUUUUUACACUAAAACUUGGCUCUUUAUUUUAGUACAUGUAUAAAAACCACAUAGAACUAGCAUUCCAAACCUGGCGUUUCUCAGGUGUUUCUGCUUCCGACGAGGCCGGCUGUGGUAGUUGCCUCUCAGUCCCAUGGAUUACAGGGUGCUGUUCCCACACACCCAUGCACAUGUGAGACCUGUAAUGAGCAAAGGGCCUGUUGUCACCAUUUGGAACGAAGUCUUAUGCAGAUGGACGAGGUUGCUGGUAUGAAUUCUUGCACUGAAUUUUCAUAUGCUUUGUAUUCUUUUCAGCAGGAUGAAAUGUACCGUGGUUGUGGGAAAAUGGAGCGGGUAGUGUGCUGCAAGAGAUUACAGGGUAGGCUGCUUGGAUCCGGUUUGGCCCUCUCCUCUUGAAUGAGGAGGGAAUUGGGCAAGCCGCAGGUAGACCAGGUGGCCCCGAUAGAUAGUGACCGAACUGGUACUUGAGCUGCAUCUCCUCUUCUUGUCUAGCCAUCUUGGUGUUCUAGGUAGGACAUGAGCUAGGUCCUACCAAAGACUUGGGCACUUUAUUUAAGUUCUCUCAUGUAAUCCUACUAACAACGUUGUGAAGCAUGCCCUAUUUUUACUUACUAAACAAAAAAGGAGCGAUCGGGACUAGAGGACUUGAAAUAACUUUCUGAGGCCCAGCCUGCUGGUGCGAAGUAGAUCCAGUGAUUCAACGUGGCUCCAUCCCAUGACAUUUAGCUGUCAGGGAGCUGCAAACCUAUGAAACAGAGCUUUCAGAUUUUGGAAAUAGAAACGCAGGCAGCAUAGUGCCACUUGCUGCCUCCUGGGAAAGCCCCUUGUCGUGAAUAAUAGAACCAGCGCUGGAAGGCACGUUGCUCAGGCCGGCAGGUGAGUCCGAGGGCUGGGGAGGGGUUUUCUGGGCAGUGGGGCACCUCCCUCUUAGGGGGUUUCAUUUGUCCAGGGCCAGUGAAAGGCUGUUUGGUCCCUCCGCUGAGUGAACAGCCCCAGCCCACAGGAUGAGUCAGAGCAGAGUCCAGAAUAGAAGGCAGAGGGCAUGUGUGCAAAGGCCAUGUUUAUCCCAGGCAUUUGGAUCUUAAGAUUCCUGUUCAUGAUGAUUAAGGUUUUAUACAUAACACUGUUUACAGACUGCUUUAUGAUCAUUUAUGAGUGUCACCUGGCAACAGCUGAGUUAGCCACAUCCAUCCACCAUGGGGUAAUUAACUCUGGGCCCACCCAGAGCCCAGUUCAUUGCUUGUGCAUUAUUGAGCCUCCUCCCCACACCCUCAUUCAUUCAUCUAUCCAUCCAUCCAUUCAUUCAUUAGAGCCCUUUUUGUCAGAUGCCACCUUUGUGGGUAGCUUUGUGGUUGGCAUUUCUUUUUCAUUGCUGCGAAUAUGUAAUAUGCUGGACAUGUUGGUGUUCCUGUUAGCGUAAGCAAUAAUCAGCCCCUUUAGUGAGACUGUAAGCUCCAUGAGGGCAAGGCCUUUGUUCAUUUCUAUGUCUCUGGUGCCUAGAAGAAUGCCUACCCAUAGUAGGUGCUCUGUGAACAUUUAUUGAAAAAAAAAGUGAAUGGACUGAGUGUCUGCUAUGUUUGGGCCUGUGGGAGGUGCUUUCUAUAAAAAUCUUUCUAAUCCUCGCAGCAAUCCACCGUGCACCAUAAGGGUGUCUAUCCUCCAUUCUAGGGCUCCAUCUGGUGUGUGUUUACCAUUAUCAUAAGCAUUAUUGUGAGUGCUUCCAGAGCAGAUAAUCCUUAUUAUGACUGAAUAAUGUAGCUACAUUAUCCCCAUUUUACAAAUGAGGAAAUGAGGCACAGAGAGGUGAGGUAACUCACCCAAGGUCACACAGACCCUCAAGCUUCAAGCUACUCCUUCACCUCCAUAUCAGCACUGUCUUAUAGAACCUUCUGCAGGAUGGAACUGCUCUCCAUCUGCACCAUCCGAUGUUGUCACCACUAGACAUGGGUAGUUACUGAGUACUUGAAAGGUGGCUAGUGCAACUGAGGAACUGAAUUUUUAAUUUUGUUCAAUUUUAAUUAAAUUUAAAUAGCCACAUGUGGGUUGUGACUCCCAUACUGGGCAAAACAGCCCCCUAUAUGCUGUCUCUAAAGAACAACAGGCUGGGUACAGUGGCUCAUACCUAUAAUCCCAGUGCUUUAGGAGUCUGAGGCAGAUUGCUUUAUGAUCAUUUAUGAGUGUCACCUGGCAACAGCUGAGUUGGCCACAUCCAUCCACCAUGGGGUAGUUAACUCUGGGCCUACCCAGAGCUGAGGCCGGAGGCUGAGGCAGGAGGAUUGCUUGAGCCCAGGAGUUGGAGACCAGCCUGGGCAACAUGGUGAAACCCUAUCUCUACUAAAAUUACAAAAAUUAGCUGGGCAUGGUGGUGUGCAUCUGUAGUCCCAGCUACUUGGGAGGCUGAGAUGGGAGGAUUGCUUGAGCCUGGGAGGCAGAGGUUGCAGUGAACUCAGAUCAUGCCACUGGACUCCAGCCUGGAUGACAGAGUGAGACCCUGUCAAAAAAAAAAAAAAAAGAAAAAAAAGAAUAACAGCUAACAUUGAAUGCUUACUAUAUACUGAGUAUUUUUUAAAUGUUUUACAUGUAGUAAAUGAUUCAAGUUAAUCCUGAGAACCACAAAUGAAUUAACCAGAGUCAGAAGUUAAAUACCUCCUUUACUCUCAAGAUUUUAUGGCAAGAUACUAGUGCAGCUGGAUUCUCCCCAAGGAUGCAUUCUGCCUGGCCCAGAGUUUUCAACUAUCACCCUAUUUUUCUCCUUAUUUUCCCUGCGUACAGCAAGGGAUAUCACCAUGGAAAAGAUCUCAUUGUUCAUAAUAUUUGUCAGCCCCAAACACAAUGCUACCUGCCACCCUCCUUGGUAAAGGGGUCAACCUAUAUGCAGGCUUGCGAACUCACUGUUCCCACCAAAUGACUCAUUUAGGUUGAAAACAUUUAUUUGCACAAAGUGGAGUUGUGUCAGUGUCACUUUGAAAAGAAAAAGACGCCAAUAUUCCCUACCAGGAUGUUCUGUCAUGAAAACAAACAGAUGAAACAAAAUCUACUUCGAGGUCAGAGUGAGAAGAAGAGAAGGUCCGGCUGAAAUUAUCUGCAGUCUUGCCGGAGGGAACAAAUGGUUGCAGCUCGUGGGUAUAGUGGCAUUUUACGGCUCCCAGCUGUGCCUUCCCUUCUUGAAGAUGGGUGAAGGGGAGUAGGUUCUGGGCUAGACUUGGGGCUAUGGAGCAAAAGCAGAGAGAGCUUGUCCUGCACAGACGUGGAAGCAGAGGUCACUGAAUUCUGUUCCACAGUAGAGGUCAGCAGUACUUUAUGAUAACAGUGCAUCCAAACGUGUUCUGUCUGCUGGGCUGGGCCUGACACCCAUGGCUGUGACUCAGAAACUGCGAACCAACCUGGGGGUGGGCCAGGGAUCCAGGUCAGGAGCAGAAGUAGGUUAAAGGUGAUGGAGAGAGACAUGUGAGAGAGUGAGUGAGAGAGAGAGGCCUGCAGGAUAAGGCCACAUCAGGAGUACAGUCCAAAUAUAGGCAGUGAUUGUGAAACCCAGGGACUGUGGGCUAAAAGUGCUAUAGAUUCUGAAGGUAGGAACAGGGAAAAUGUGGCCAUGGGCCUCUGGGGAAAGCCCUGUUCUGUGGGCUUUGGCCACUUAAAUCUAUAUGUCUUCUGCUCCUGUCUCAAGGCAGUGAUGCAGCCCUGACUAUCCUUCUGCCCAUCUAUCCAUUCAUCCAUCCAUCAAUCCAGCAUUUGAGUCUCUAUUCUAUGCAUGGUAUUGGGGAUAGUGUGGUAAACAGGGCACCAUCCCUACCCUCAAGGAGCUUACAGUCUUGCCUGGUAAAAUGUACAGAAGCAUGCAUUUUUGAAACAAGUAAAGGAAGAAGACUUAGGCGCUCUCCACUCCAAGGCCACCUGCACCUUGCCUAUGUAGCUUUCCCCAGCAACACGAAGCCAGCAUUGGUUUCUUAAGUUCCCUUCUUGUCUUUAUCAUGUAUGUACUUAGUAUCUGUAUCGUGCUUUGGGCUAUUUAUUUAUAUCAGCAUAGCACUUUAUUGCAUCUUUAUUGUAAAUAACCUUCCUGAACAUAGGGGCCUCCAUGUCUUUGCUGGGUCCUAGCUCCAUGGUAGGCACUGAUGGGGGCUCCAGGAUUAUUGAAGUAAAUGAGAGCCCCUUAAACCUACAAGGAACCUUAAUGGUCAUCAGUGGUCUGAAGGGUCUUCUUGACCUUUCCUGCCUCCCAGCUUCCUCCUGUCUCUGUCAGGUCAAGACUCCACCUGCCUGGUAGGUUCUGUACAAACCAUUGCCAGGCAAUGGAAGAAGAAAGGGGAGCUGCACCCCUCACUGGAGUUGGAAUUUCUGUGAUGCUUGUCAUAGCUCCAUAUGCCUCACAUUCACCUGGAAACAUGGGAGGCAUUAGUUAGGCCAGAUUAACAGAUGUGGGAUGCCAUAUAAUGACUUUGCCUUCAAGUGAAACUGCAGUCCAAUGGGAGCAGGCCCCAGACAUUGGCCUCCUCAAAACCCUGGGUUACUUUUAGUGUCUUCCAGUUCAGGAACCACAGUUUUCAAUUUUUUGAAAAUAAAAGUACUCCUAUCUCCUUUCAUUUUUUUUUUUUUCUGAGACAGAGUCUCGCUCUGUCAUUCAGGCUGGAGUGCAAUGGCGCAAUGUCGGCUCACUGCAACCUCCGCCUCCUGGGUUCAAGUGAUUCUCCUGCUUCAGCCUCCUGAGUAACUGGGAUUAUAGGCAUGCGUCACCACAUCCCGCUAAUUUUUGCUUUUUUUGUUUUUUUGGUAGAGACGGGGGUUUCACCAUGUUGGUCAGGCUGGUCUCGAACUCCUGACCUUGUGAUCCGCCCACCUCGGCCCCCCAGUGUUGGGAUUACAGGCAUGAGCCACUGGGCCCGGCUCCUCCUUUAUGUUUCUAAUAAAGUUUACCUGAACUUACAAGGUCUCCUAGAAGUGGGGAUGGGAUUGUCCAGGCAUUGUCAGCCAUCCCCUGGCCCCAUCGUGAGGCAGGAGACUGUUGGGCAAGCCGAGACGGCAGGGACCCCACCCUCUUGACUGCUAAAGGAAAUAAAGACAACAGCAUUAUUGAGUGCUUCUCCGUGGCAAGUGCUUUUCCUCAAUUACCUGAUGAGGUUGGAUUAACCUCCAUUUCAGAAAUGAGGGAAGUGAGGCUUGCAGAGGUGGCACGCCCGAGAUAAAGAGUGACUGAGUGGCAAAGCUGAGACUUGAACCCUAAACUGUUGGCUCCCAUGUUCCUGUGUGCCACGGUGCUGUGUGAGAAGUGGGAACGGUGAGUUCCCUGCUGGGCUCAGUAUGGAGGCAAACCGCUUUCUGCAACACAUUCCUAUGCUCUCGGACAGCUUAAUUGACUUCUGUGCCUCAAUUUUCUCAUCUGUGAAAGAGUAUAAUAAUAACAACAAUAAUAAUAAUAGACUAGAAAUUGGCCAGGCCCUUGGUGAGGACUCGGUGCGUGCUACCUCUGAUAGAUACUAAUAUGUAGGUAUAGUAGGAACAUCAAUCAUCAAUAUUGUUUUGACUCUUUUUACCUCUGAUAAAAAAUUUUGACCAUGGACUGCCCUUUUUGUGUUAAUAGAUUUGUUAGGUCAAUGAAAACACAGCUCUCACAAGAAGAACUUAUAACACCAAGCCUACAAACAAACGUCAUGGUGGCCCCUGAGGACACGUGACAGAGCUGGGAUUUGAACCCAGGCCUAUCUAGCCUCUGUGUCCCCACACUGUUUCUCUUGGGACCCAGGUGUCCGGCUGGCCCUCAGCUUCCUGCGUUCCUGGUGAUUCAGCCCUGGCGGUCACAGUGUCAGGUACACCCACUCGGAGUGGGUUUAUGAUACAGUUAUGAAGGAGCCCAGGCCGCAACACUGGAAAAGACGAAAUUGUAGUGUUGAUCAAGGCCAGGAGCCUCUUUGCUCAGUGACUGCCGUCAAUCCUCUUCCCUGAGAAGAUCGCCUGUAUUGUUCAAGAUGUUCGGAUAUAACCUCCCCCAGGAAGGCUUCCCUGAUGACACACACACCUCUGUCGAAGGCUCCCAGGUGGGCUGAACAGAGUCUUCCUUUGCUCCCAUGGCAGCUUACAGGAUCUUUGGCAGCCUUUUCCAUGAUGUUUUCUUCCCAGGGGUUUGUGGAGCUUGUCUUCACCACUUGCCGUGAGCUCUCGAGGACAGAGGAUUUGUCUGUGUUAGAAACAUCUGGUUCCUGCCAGGCACGGUGGCUCACGCCUGUAAUCCUAGCACUUUGGGAAGCUGAGGCAGGUGGAUCAUUUGAGGUCAGGAGUUCAAGACCAGCCUGGCCAACAUGGUGAGACCCUCUGUCUACUAAAAAUACAAAAAAAUGAGCCAGGCAUGGUGGCGCGUACCUGUAAUCCCAGCUACUCGGGAGGCUGAGGCAUGAGAAUUGCUUGAACCCAGGAGACAGAGGUUGCAGUGAGCCAAGAUCAUGCCACUCCAGCCUGGGUGACAGAGUGAGACCUUGUCUCAAAAAAAGAAUGUCUGGGUCCCAAAAUCCAGUUUUCUUCUACUGAGGACAUAGGAAUGGUCACCUUCCCUGCCCCUUUCUAGGGCCAUGUGGCUCAUUCUGGCCGAAGGGUGGUGAGCAGAAGUGAGUUGCAUAAUCCCAGUGAAAGCAUUUAUUUGCGGGUGCAAGAGCUCCUGGGGCUGGCGUGAAGUGCUGGGGGGCAGGACUGAGGAGUGGCACCGAAUGCUGUGUAGGAGAGUUCUCCAGAUUUGACAGUCAAGGAUCCUCAUGGCAACAUGGAGAUGCCAGGCGUGUCUGCAUGGCCAUUCUGUGGGUGAGGAGCCUGAGGCUUAGUGAGGUUAAUUGCUUGUCCAAGGGAUCUUGUGCAAAUUCCAUGGCUUGUUCUAUGGCAAUAUGCUACAUUCGCUGUUAUGAUUUCUUGUUGUUGCUGUAAAUUGUAGGCUAAGGGUGUGUGUGUGUGUGUGUGUGUGUGUGUGUGUGUGUGUGUAGGUGGGUGAGGAGUGGGAGUGAGGAACAGCUAGCCGAGUUGCAGUGCUUGGUCCUUUUGCAGAAUGGGUGUUAGCAAAGGCUGGCAUGCUUAGCCCAGGUGGUGGCUGUACUCGGCCACCAAGUUAACGAAGGGAAAAACGAGUUAGCUGUUAUCUCCUCGCAGAUGUCAGUUUUCCUUUAAUGUGGAGCUUUGGAGAGAAUACCAAGAUGGGGCUGUGCUUACUGACCUUUUCCUUGCCGCACAGAUGGGAAUAAGGGGGGGGUGGAAGAAAAGGAGGAAGAAGAGAGGUAUUCGAGGCAGAGGCUGCCUGGGCGAUGCCGCUUCGUUACCCACUCUCAGCCUAAGGAAGCGUUGCCCACCCUGAGAUUCAGGGUUGAAAUCUCUCUAGCGACAGUGCCCAGGAGUGCAGGCUUCACACUCCAAGGACCUUGCUGAGGGUGCAUGGAUGUACGGGCGAGGGUCGCGGCUGUGGUGGCAGUGCAGUAGGUCAUCAGAAAGGCCUCAGGCUGGCUGCGCCCACGGUGUUCCCCGUGCUGACUCCAGCUUGCAGGCAGAUGCAACAUUCUAGUUGUUGUGGGCAGCUGGAGUGGGGGACUGGCCCAGGAGGGUCAGGGUAGUGGCCAGGUAGUUUGCACGUGUUGGUCUUGCCCCCGCUUUGCCCUGGUGAGCGCUGAAGUCAUGUUUGUGUGGGCCAGGCAUUCUCCUGAUCACGGUUGCACGCCCAUCCUCAGAAGAGCCCCCUCUGAGGUGCUGAUCCCACCACCACCUUCACAGCUCAGGACGCUGAGUGUCAGAGAGGCUGGGUCGCUUUCCUCAGGCCAUGCUUGCUGCUGAGUACAGAAUCCAGUGUGGAGCCAGGACACUGUGACCCUGGAGUUCCCAACCACUAGGAUUGCCCCUCCAGGCCCUUAACUUCUCUGGCCACAACUUUAUUUCUUAUUCUGAAAACAAAGACAGUGGGAGAAAAAAAUAUUUAUUUGAACAUCUAUGGUAUGCCAGGUGCUAUGGGUUAGACUGUGUACAUUAUUUUAUUUAAGUCUUAUUUCAAGCCCUGGGGUUAAGUAUCAGCUUCUCGAUUUAAAAAAAUUCAAAAAAGGCCAGGCAUCAUGGCUCACGCCUGUAAUCCUAACACUUUGGGAAGCCGAAGCGGUAGGAUCACUUGAGUCCAGGAGUUCAAGAGCAGUCUGGGCAACAUAGUGAGACCCUGUCUGUACAAAAAAAAUUUUUUUUUUAAUUUAACAAAAAAUUUAAAAUUUUUUAAUUGUAAAAUACGCAUAAGAUUGACCAUCUUAACUAUUUUUGGGUGGACAGUUCAGUAGUGUUAAGUAUCUUCACAUUGUCGUGCAGCCAAUCUCCAGAACUGUUUGGAUCUUGCAGAACUGAAAUUGUGCAUCCUUUGAACAAGAACUCCCUAUUCUCCCCUCCUCCCAGCCCCUGGCAAGCAGCAUUCUCUAUGGGUUUGAGUCCUCCAGGUACUUUAUAUGAGUGGAAUGAUAUAGUAUUUGUUGUUUUGUGACUGGCGUAUUUCACUUAGCAUGAGGUCCUCAAAGUUUACAUCACAUGGUGUAGCGUGUCGAUGAUAUUUCCUUCUACUUUAUGUGUAUGCCACAUAGCACCUUGGUUUGCCCAUGUAUCUGUUGCUGAACAUGUCCUUGAUGAACCAUACAUGUCAUAAUGGGUUGCUUCCAGCUCUUGACCACAUUUUGUUGAUUUCGUUAAUCACUCAAGACCAAGAAAACAUACCUGGAUUUAAGCCCCGGUCUCUGUUUGAUACCUGACUUCUGACUGCUUUUUACUUCCAAGGAUCCUCCAGCUUUAGGAGUUGAGAAGAAUUUUAUACAAUGUGGCCUUUGUUAAGCCUGAAACUGCUUUGGGCCUGUUGAAAACUCUCUUUUAUUUUCUGAGUCCCUACUCAGACAACACUUCUUCCAGAAGCCUGGUGGGGACCCAGUUUAUACCGCCAGAGGCCACAAUGUAAGGUGAAGGCUUUUUGUUUGUAUCUGUUGGGUACCCGUUGUUUUCCUAGUGUCAUUUCUACCUUUUCCCAAAGCUCGUGCGUUUGUUUCCAUAUUUUAAAAAUGACUAUGAUGAGAUGUCGUUCUGAAAUUAGGAAGUACAGUAAUACAAUAUUAUUAUCAUGAUACAGGUUUGCAUUUAUAAGGUGAGCUCCCUUGGGGCUGGUCAUUUUAAUUUUUUUAAAUUAUACUUUAAGUUCUGGGAUACAUGUGCAGAACGUGCAGUUAUGUUACAUAGGUAUACAUGUGCCAUGGUGGUUUGCUGCACCCAUCAACCUGUCAUCUACAUUAGGUAUUUGUCCUAAUGUUAUCCCUCCCCUAGCCCCUGACCCCCUACAGGCCCCAGUGUGUGAUGUUCCCCUCCCUGUGUCCAUGUGUUCUCAUUGUUCAAUUCCCACCUAUGAGUGAGAAGAUGCGGUGUUUGGUUUUCUGAUCUUGUGUUAGUUUGCUGAGAAUGAUGGUUUCCAGCUUAACCCAUGUCCCUGCAAAAGACAUGAACUCAUCCUUUUUUAUGGCUGCAUGGUAUUCCGUGGUGUGUAUGUGCCACGUUUUCUUUAUCUAGCUUAUCAUUGGCAUUUGGAUUGGUUCCAAGUCUUUGCUAUUGUGAAUAGUGCUGCAAUAAACAUACGUGUGCAUGUGUCUUUAUAGUAGAAUAAUUUAUAAUCCUUUGGGUAUGUACCCAGUAAUGGUGAGAGACAGGACUAGCUGGAUUUCCUAGGCCAACUAAGAAUCCCUAAGCCUAGCUGGGAAGGUGACCGCAUCCACCUUUAAACAGGGUGCUUGCAUCUUAGCUCACACCCGACCAAUCAGGUAGUAAAGAGAGCUCACUAAAAUGCUAAUUAGGCAAAAACAGGAGGUAAAGAAAUAGCCAAUCAACUAUCGCCUGAGAGCACAGCAGGAGGAACAAUGAUCAGGAUAUAAACCCAGGCAUUCGAGCCAGCAACGGCAACCCUCUUUGGGUCCCCUCCCUUUGUAUGGGAGCUCUGUUUUCACUCUGUUAAAUCUUGCAACCGCACUCUCUUCUGGUCCGGGUUUGUUAUGGCUGGAGCUGAGCUUUCGCUCGCUGUCCACCAUUGCUGUUUGCCACAGUCACAGACCCGCCGCUGACUUCCAUCCCUCUGGAUCCAGCAGGAUGUCCACUGGGCUCCUGAUCCAGCAAGGUGCCCAUUGCCACUCCCGAUUGGGCUAAAGGCUUGCCGUUGUUCCUGCACAGCUACGUGCCUGGGUUCGUCCUAAUCGAGUUGAACACUAGUCGCUGGGUUCCACGGUUCUCUUCCGUGACUCAUGGCUUCUAAUAGAACUAUAACACUCACCACAUGGCCCAAGAUUCCAUUCCUUGGAAUCCGUGAGGCCAAGAACCCCAGGUCAGAGAACACGAGGCUUGCCACCAUCUUGGAAGUGACCGGCCGCCAUUUUGGAAGCGGCCCGCCACCAUCUUGGGAGUUGGAACUCCCGGUUCCAACUUGGGAGCAAGGAACCCCGAACCUACAUUAAGAAACGCAUUCAGAUGCAUCAGCCGUUUGUAAAGCACCUGUCAUGAGCCAGAGAGUAUUAUGAGGGAGGCCGAGGACUUCAUGCUCCGGACAGAGAAACGGCGCUGGGAUUAGGGAUUGCCACUUCUGAGAGGAUGCUGGGAAUCUGCAGGGGGAGACGGAAAUUCUUGGCUGCCUCAUUGAGUCUUCUCUGCAUCCCAGCCAUCACCUGGAUUUACCUGUUUUCUGGGAGCUUCGAAGAUGGAAAGCCCGUGUCUCUGUCACCGCUGGAGUCCCAGGCACACAGCCCCAGGUACACGGCCUCCAGCCAGCGGGAGCGCGAGAGCCUGGAGGUGCGCAUGCGCGAAGUGGAGGAGGAGAACCGCGCCCUCCGUAGGCAGCUCAGCCUGGCCCAGGGCCGAGCCCCAUCCCAUCGCCGAGGCAACCACUCCAAGACCUACUCCAUGGAGGAGGGCACUGGAGACAGCGAGAACCUUCGGGCUGGCAUCGUGGCAGGCAACAGCUCCGAGUGUGGGCAGCAGCCGGUCGUGGAGAAAUGCGAGACAAUCCACGUUGCUAUUGUCUGCGCCGGAUACAAUGCCAGCCGGGAUGUCGUCACCCUGGUCAAAUCCGUCCUGUUCCAUAGACGGAACCCUCUGCACUUCCACCUUAUUGCUGACUCCAUUGCGGAGCAGAUCCUGGCCACGCUCUUCCAGACCUGGAUGGUGCCCGCUGUGCGUGUGGACUUCUACAAUGCAGACGAGCUCAAGUCUGAAGUUUCCUGGAUCCCCAAUAAACAUUACUCUGGGAUUUAUGGUCUGAUGAAGCUUGUCCUGACCAAGACUCUUCCUGCCAACCUGGAGAGAGUCAUCGUCCUUGACACGGAUAUCACCUUUGCCACUGACAUUGCAGAGCUGUGGGCUGUGUUCCACAAGUUCAAAGGUCAGCAAGUCCUGGGCUUGGUGGAGAACCAGAGUGACUGGUACCUUGGAAACCUGUGGAAAAAUCACCGCCCAUGGCCAGCCCUUGGAAGAGGCUACAACACAGGGGUGAUCCUGUUACUUCUGGAUAAGCUGCGGAAGAUGAAAUGGGAGCAGAUGUGGAGGCUGACCGCAGAGAGGGAGCUCAUGGGCAUGCUCUCUACAUCCUUAGCUGACCAGGAUAUUUUCAAUGCCGUCAUCAAACAAAACCCCUUCCUUGUGUACCAGCUCCCCUGCUUCUGGAAUGUGCAGCUGUCAGACCACACCCGCUCCGAGCAGUGCUACAGAGACGUGUCUGAUCUAAAGGUCAUUCACUGGAACUCCCCCAAGAAGCUCCGGGUGAAGAACAAGCAUGUGGAGUUUUUUCGCAACCUCUACCUGACCUUCCUGGAGUAUGACGGCAAUCUUCUGAGGCGGGAACUGUUUGGCUGCCCCAGUGAGGCUGAUGUCAACAGUGAAAACCUCCAGAAGCAGCUGUCUGAGCUGGACGAGGACGACCUGUGCUAUGAGUUCCGGCGAGAGCGCUUCACUGUCCACCGCACCCACCUGUACUUCCUGCACUACGAGUAUGAGCCUGCAGCAGACAGCACAGACGUCACCCUGGUCGCUCAGCUGUCCAUGGACAGGCUCCAGAUGCUGGAGGCCAUCUGCAAGCACUGGGAGGGGCCCAUCAGCCUGGCCCUCUACCUGUCAGACGCCGAGGCCCAGCAGUUCCUCCGCUACGCACAGGGCUCUGAGGUGCUUAUGAGCCGCCACAACGUGGGCUACCACAUCGUGUACAAGGAGGGCCAGUUCUACCCCGUGAACCUGCUGCGCAACGUGGCCAUGAAGCACAUCAGCACUCCCUACAUGUUCCUGUCUGACAUUGACUUCCUGCCCAUGUAUGGGCUCUAUGAGUACCUCAGGAAGUCUGUCAUCCAGCUCGAUCUUGCCAACACCAAGAAAGCAAUGAUUGUCCCCGCGUUCGAGACACUGCGCUACCGGCUGUCCUUCCCCAAGUCGAAAGCGGAGUUGCUGUCAAUGCUGGACAUGGGGACCCUCUUCACAUUCAGGUACCACGUCUGGACGAAAGGCCACGCACCCACAAACUUUGCCAAGUGGCGGACCGCCACCACGCCUUACCGGGUCGAGUGGGAGGCCGAUUUUGAGCCGUAUGUUGUUGUGAGACGUGACUGCCCGGAGUACGACCGGAGGUUUGUAGGCUUUGGCUGGAACAAAGUGGCUCAUAUCAUGGAGCUGGAUGUGCAGGAGUAUGAGUUCAUUGUGCUGCCCAACGCCUACAUGAUCCACAUGCCUCAUGCCCCCAGCUUCGACAUUACCAAGUUCCGUUCCAACAAGCAAUACCGCAUCUGUCUCAAAACCCUCAAGGAAGAGUUUCAGCAGGACAUGUCCCGCCGCUACGGCUUUGCUGCCCUGAAAUAUCUCACAGCCGAGAACAACAGCUAGCACCAAGAAGCCCACCACUAGGGGGAGACAUGCUGUAGGGGAAGUGCCACUCGCUGUUUGGGGCCCGGCCUUCAAAUUCAAAAUUGAGCCAUGCUUUUUUGGUUUGUUUUUAUUUAUCUCUUUGGCCCAGCCAAGCUGCCCUCACUACAGAGACCUUGGGCAAGGAUCCAGCCAGUCCCUCUCUGCCCCACAACCCUGCAUUCCCAGAGGUUAGCUAUGCGGCCCACCUAGAUGAGUGUCUUCAAGAAUGGGAAAUCAAGGGGUGACAGGGAGUAAAAGGGUUAUCAUCUUACUGCAAAGCCACAAGAUCAAGGCAGGGCUUUAGGAUGUUCUGGUUGCUUUUUAAUAAUUAUGCUUCCCAUCAUAACUGGGGAGAAAGGGAAGUCAGGGUGCUAGGGGUUAUUCGUCCCAGGAAAUAGAAGUGAAAUUGUCUUUAUUAAGUGAAAACUUUCCCCUUUGCCCUGCAAUGUAGCUGGGCAUUCAAACGGAGGGCAAACCGAUGAUCUAAACCAAUCACUUGGAAAAACCCAAUGGGGACAUUGUAACCAGAGGGUCCUGGAGGUGGGGUUGAUGGGUUUCCUUAUCCCCAGAGUCACUCCUGUUUUGUUUUUAUUUGUUUUUCUUUGGGGGUUUUGUUUGUUUAUUUUUGGGGCUGGCAAUCCAAAAUAGAAAAUCUGAUCCUUUGAGGCUCUAAAGGAAAAUCAGCUGCCUCUACCAACCACCCUCUAUCAGCAGUGGCCCAGGAAGGAGGCCAAGCAUCUUCGGCCAAUAUUUAAACAUGGGCAGCUUCCUUCAGGACGAUCACCGAGGCUCCCGUGACUUUGAACUCCCUACUCUCCAGAAUCCAGGGGCUACGAUGGGGACUGCGGAAUUACGAGGGCUGUUUUACACCGGUCACAUUUUCUAUUGGCAGUGACUGAUUCAUGGGAAAGGGCUUUGAAGGAACUAUUUCAGUGCACACACAAGGUACGAACCUCUCAGGCCUUUAGAAGAACUUUCAUAAUUCAUGAAAGCCCAGUUCUGAAGAUUCACGUAUCCAUCUGGAGACCUACAGGAAGAAAGUGAUUGGGUUCCUCUGGUUCUUGCCUGCUUCACUGUGGAUGGGAAGAGGUGACAACCUCAGUCUCCCUUUGGGACCUGUCCAAGGGUAGGCAACCACCUUCACCUUCACAGAGAUUGAGGAGACACUGGACUUUUUACCCAUUUUCUUUAAUCUUCAAUAUUAAUAUUGUGUUUACAUUGAUGAGAACAAGAGUUAAUGCCCUACCCUCUGCUGGGCUGUUUGUAUUGAGUUGCAAUGUGACCAGCGAAAGCUGCAUUUAAUAAAUGAAAGUACAGAC